GUCAAUGAUAUCAAAACAAUAAUAAAGAAACAUUGGAAGCAAAUUUCGUUAAAUUUAAGAGAAAUUUUACUAGUAUUCGUUUUUUCUUGCUGUGUAAAAGAUGUCAGAGAACCAAAAGAAGACAGGAAAUAUACUAUCAAAUAUUAACCCGCCUUCAGAAUUACCAAGUUUUAUAACUGCAGUAGCACCUCCAGUAGACCAGCAGCCUUCCGUCGCUAGUGUUGAUCAACAGAAUGAAGAGUCUUCCAAAAAGGGAACUGAAACGGAUCCGUUUAUUCCGACCACUUUUAGCCCUGCGAUUCCUGCUAACAAGGAUACCAAUUAUAAUGCACAAGGAGAUCCCGAAGCAGCUGCAGUUAGCGGUAAGACUAGCCGAGAUUUCGCUAGCAUGGUGCUACAUCCGGAACCGUUAGCUGAGGCCCUGAGUCCUAUCACGCAGAGUGGUUCAGCCCUAUUCGGUUGGAUGAAAGGAGCUGUUAGCCAGAACGGUAUUUUGCAGAAAGUGGCCGAAAAAGCCAAGAGUUCGGUGGAUACGAUUGUGACGACUUUAGAUCCUCAAAUGAAAGAGUAUAUUAACUCUGGAGGAGACACGGAAGUGAUUGUUGCAUCCGACAAAGACGACAAAGUUCGUCCGAUAAGAGAAGCUUUUCAAACGGUUUUUGGUAAAGCAACUGUUAUUGGCCUUCCAACACAAGCAGCAGGAAUUGCAGCGCAGCCUGUUGGAUUUUCAGCUGGAUUGAAGGGAGCUGAACAUAGGAUCAAUUUUAUUCGAGCGGAAAAUCCUCGUGUGGAUGACCAUUUACCAGUAGUUGCCGUUGAGAAUUUUUUGGUGGAGCUGUUUCCUGAGCAAUGGUUUGAUGCUGGAGUUAUUGUGUUGUUCGACUACGCUAAGAAUAUUUUGCUUAAGACUGUAACUCAAAUGACACCGAUUCCAUUACCUGUGAUUGCAUCCAUUCAAGCAGACACAUCAGACGAUUAUCAGCUGAAGGACACAGGUUUCGCUGUAACUGUCGGUAGUGUGAUGGCGAAAAAUUUGAAUACAAACCAUACAGAAUGGCACAAAACAUAUACCUCGGUGAGCCGAUCGGAAAUGAUUCUAAGUGCGGCCAAAACUAUUGCUACCUUAUACAAGCAAGCUGUGACGGAAUAUUUCGCGAGCACCUUCGGAACUUCGAUAAGUUCAAGUGAAUAAAGUUUACUACAUGCCAGCGUUUCAUCAGGGUGUAGAUGUGGGCACUACUAGAUGCUGGUUGCUAGUUCUCCUCGUAAUGCGUUAUAUUGUGUGCAUCGUGUAGCAGACGGCACAAGAAUACACAUUUAAUAGUUACAGGCAAAUAACGUUAAUGUUUGUAUAUUAUUCUUAGCUCAGUGUUAUUUUGCAAAACGGCGUAUUGAUUUUACUGAAUGAUAAUACUAAUCUGAAUUCGUUUAGUAAAUAAAUCCAUCGUUAUGCAUCAUAAGGCUGUACAAAAUUACUUAUUUAGAACUCCUUUGUAUCUCAAAGUUGCAUUAAUAUAGAGUAUUUUUUGUCUUUUA